ACCUUCGCGUUGGGGUUUCCUUUUCCACGGGAGAAUCUAAAAGUCCUUUUUUAGUCUACUCUCUGCUCUCUAGUCUCUACUUCCUCUUAACUUUCAUUUUCUCUGAGAAAAAAAGAAAUUAAGGAAACUUGUGUUAGCAAUGGCGUCACCUAAAGAACACAUCGAUGCGAUUAGAAAAACAAAGUACUCAAUCGGAGGAGAACCCAACCCAUUGACAGAAGACCUUCAUCAAGCCGUUCGAAACUUAUCCGCCGAGCUUUAUACUAAAGAUGUUCAUUUCCUCAUGGAACUUAUCCAGAAUGCUCAAGAUAACGAGUAUUUAGAAGGAGUGGAUCCAUCACUAGAGUUUGUGAUAACUUCUCGAGAUAUUACGGCGACCGGAGCUUCGGCAACGUUGCUGAUGUUCAAUAAUGAGAAGGGAUUUUCUUCCAAAAAUAUUGACUCUAUUUGCAGUGUUGGUCGUUCCACCAAGAAAGGGAAUAGGCGAAGGGGUUAUAUUGGGGAGAAAGGAAUUGGAUUCAAGAGUGUCUUUCUGAUCAGUGCACAGCCCUACGUAUUCAGCAAUGGCUAUCAGAUACGGUUCAAUGAGGCCCCUUGCCCUCACUGUGGUCUUGGCUACAUUGUUCCUGAGUGGAUUGAUGACCUGACACUUGACGACAUUAGAAAGGUUUAUGGAUCUGCGCUUCCAACCACGGUCAUUGUGCUUCCCCUGAAGCCUGACAAGGUCAAGCCAGUGAAACAGCAGCUGUCAAUCAUCGAACCCGAAGUUUUAUUAUUCCUUUCGAAGAUCAAGCGUCUUUCUGUCAGGGAAGACAAUGAGGAUCCGAGGCUCAAUACUGUGAGUGGGAUAGCUAUUACAAGUGAGACUAAUUUUGUGACAAGGAAGAACGUCGAUGCUGAGUCCUAUACUCUCUGUCUUUCCGCUGAGGAAAAGGAUGGCAAGUUCGGAAAAGAGUGCAGCUAUCAUAUAUGGAAGCAGAUGUUUCCUGUUAGGCUGGAAAACAAAGUGGAAAGGAGAAUGGAUGUGGACGAGUUGGUGAUCACGUUGGCUUUUCCGAACGAUGAGCGUCUGCAUAGGGGGAUGAACUUACCUGGGGUCUACGCAUUUCUUCCAACGGAGAUGGUGACCAAUUUCCCCUUCAUUAUUCAAGCAGAUUUUGUUUUAUCAUCAUCAAGGGAAACAAUACUCUUAGACAACAAAUGGAACCAAGGGAUUCUUGAUUGCGUUCCCACUGCUUUUGUCAAUGCUUUCAUCUCACUGGUGAAAAUGACAAAUGAGGCCCCGGUUUCUAGUUUACGUUGGAUGUUCAAUUUCUUGCCUGUCAACCGUUCCUCAUACCAGAAAUUUAAUGCCAUUAGGGAAACAAUAAGAUUGAAACUGGGGGAUGAAAAUAUACUACCAAGUGAUGAGUCUUGCACGGGCCAGAAGUUUUUCCAUAAACCUGGUGAAGUUGGUAGAAUUAUGCCUGCUUUCUGGGAUAUUGUGGAGAAGGCAAGAAAGGAGGGGGUAGGCUUGCAUAAUCUGUCAUCACAUGGAACAUAUAUCUUGCAUCCCUCUUUUGAUGUGGCUGAGUAUGAUAAUAUUCUGAAUUUUUUGGGAGUUGGACCGGUCGACAACAGAUGGUAUGCAAAGUGCAUCCAAGGUUCUAAUCUUGUAUUGGGAGUUUCGGAGAGCCUUUAUCUUGAGCUUCUUAUCUUCCUUGCAGAGAACUGGAAGAACAUAUUCUAUGGUACCAGCAUUAUAAACGUACCACUUCUUAAAUAUGUUGAUCUUUCUGGAUGUGUGUCCUUGUGCAGUAUCAGUGAAUCCAUGCAACAUACUCUAGGGACAAUAUGCCGAUCUCAUCAAUUUGAUCACUUGUCAUGGAUGAUUGGUUGGAAUAGGGAGUUUGGUGGUGCUACAAACUGUCUUUUUCUUCCUGAACGCACACAGGAUGCCAUCCGUACAAGCUUCAAGAAAGAAACAAUUUCAGGAUGGCUUCAAAACCUGGUCAAGGUUGUUUCAGUAAGUGUGUAUGAAUAUGCAGCUGCCCUUAUUGACAGUCUUGGUAGUAAGCCGAAGCUUGUUAUUGCCUAUGCUCACUUCUUAUAUCAUUCAUACCUGAAGUUAUUUGUAACAUCAGCAGAAGUUGGUAAUUUGUGUGGCAUCAUGCCUCUGGUUGAUAAUUAUGGUAAUGUCAAUGUGACCAAGAAGUGGAAGAUUCUUGUUCCAGCUAAUGGAAGCAAAUGGAACAGUUUAGUUGGUUCUAAUCCACUGAAAGCUGAAGGCUAUAUUGAGUUAGGGGAAGAUUACUUGCAUCAGAGGACUUUUGCUGGUCAAUUCACUCCUGGAAAGCAGCUUUUGAAGUUUCUAAUAUCACAUGUUGGUAUUUCAGAUAUCCCAUCUCUCUCUCCUCCUUAUGCUGCGCUUCCUGCUGUCUCUUCACCCCUCACAAAGGAUAACACUUUCUUGCUUUUGGAUUGGAUUCAGCACUUGAAAAGUAGAAGAACGCCAAUUCCAGAAAGGUUUCUGACUAGCAUAAAAAGUGGACACUGGCUGAAAGUCACCAUAAAUGGCUCUUCUGGCUACAAACCACCAGCACAAUCAUUCUUUCAUUCAUCUUCGUGGGGAGAUAUUUUGCAGAAUGGGUCAGUGUUUGUUGAUAUUCCACUAAUUGAUCAGACAUAUUAUGGAGACAGAAUAAAUGAUUAUAGGGAGGAGCUGAAAAUUAUCGGAGUAAUGUUUGAGUAUGGCGAAGCAUGUCAAUUUAUCGGGGACCAUCUCAUGCGAUUGGCAUCUUCAUCAACGCUAAGUAAAGAUCGUGUGCUUUCCAUUCUUGGUUUCAUCAGAUAUCUGAGGGAAAAAUGCCUCCCUCCUGAUGAAUUUAUCCGCAGUAUCAAAGAAGAAAGGUGGCUAAAGACUUCCUAUGGUUUCAAAUCACCUGUGGGAGCUGUUUUGUUCGACGAGGAAUGGAGAACAGCCAUACAAAUAUGUAAUGUCCCCCUCAUUGAUCAAGCAUUCUACGGUGAUCAAAUCCUUGGCUACAAAGACGAACUCAGCCUGCUUGGCGUUAUAGUUGGCUUCAGUAGAUGCUAUCAGCUUGUCAUUAAUCACUUGAAAAAUUCUUCGUACUUGACCUCUAUGAGUGCUGAUGCUUUUCUUUUAUUGCUGGAAUGUAUGCGUUAUGCAGGAUCGCCUGAGAGGCUUGUUACUACACUUAGAGAUGCAAAGUGUUUGAAGACGAAUCUUGGUUUCAAACCUCCAUCUGAAUGCUUUCUAUUUGAUCAAGAGUGGGGCUGUCUUCUACAAGUUUUCACUUGUUUCCCAAUAAUCGAUCAAGCUUACUACGGAAGUAUCAUCUCUAGCUACAAAAAUGAGUUGAAGAGAUUGGGUGCUGUUGUGGAUUUCGAUGUAGCAGUCAAAUCCUUUAUCAGCCGUUUCAAGCAACGGGCAUCGUCAUCAUCUCUUACAAAAGAUGACGUUUUGUCAUUCCUCUCAUGCUGUAGACAACUAAAGGGAACGUCCUAUAAGUUUCCCUCUGACUUAAAGAAAUGCAUACUUGAAGCAAAAUGGUUGCGGACUCGGCUUGGUGAUUUCAGGUCUCCGAGAGACUGCAUACUCUUUAGUCCGGAAUGGGAGUCCAUCUCUUCAAUUACCCUCCUUCCUUUUCUUGAUGAUAGUGAUAGCUUCUAUGGAAAGGAUCUUCACAAGUACAGACAUGAGUUGAAGACUAUAGGAGUAGUCAUUGAAUUCAAAAGUGGUGUGAAGUUUGUGCCUGCUUGUCUCUAUUUCCCUCGAAGUACUGACAGUAUAACUCCCAGAAUUGCACUUUCAUUUCUCAAUUGCUUGAGAAUUUUGUUGGAAGACAAGAGCUACACCUUCUCUGAAUCAUUUCUUAAAAAAGUUUCAGAAAAAUGGUUGAAAACCUCUGUUGGUUAUAUGAGUCCAGGUGAUUGCUUACUGUUUGAUAAGAAUUCAGACUUGAAACCAACUGAUGGACCAUUCAUCGAUGAAGGAUUUUAUGGUUCCGAGAUUAGAACAUACAGAAAAGAGCUAUCUUCUAUAGGUGUUAUUGUUGAUGUUGAGAAGGGAAGCACCCACAUAGCCAAUCACCUUGAUCUGCAUUCAGAUUUUGCCACAAUCAUUCGAAUAUAUAAAUUCUUGGCAGAAGUAGAAUGGAAGCCUGAGUGUGAAGCUAAACGGUUAAUCUGGAUCCCAGAGGGAAAUGAAAAUGGAAGAUGGGUAAAACCUGAUGGAUGUGUUCUGCAUGAUAAAGAUGGACUCUUUGGUUUGCAGUUGAAUGUUUUGGAGAAGCACUAUAAGAACAAAGUACCACUGCAGCUCUUCUUUGGUGCAGCAUUUGGUGUCAAAUCGUAUCCUUCACUAGAUGAUUACUGUAAACUCUGGAAAGGUUGGGAAACUUCAGGACACCGAUUGUCGCAUGAUGAGUGUUGUGCAUUCUGGAGGUUUGUUUUGCAGCACAAGAGUUCAGAGGAAGAGCAAAUUCUUUCUGAAAGUUUGGUGAAGGUCCCUGUGGAUUUAGGUUCAGAGGGGAUUAUGUUAUUAGACAAGCAUGAUGUGUUCAUAGCUGAUGAUCUUCAGCUUAAGGAGCUUUUACUCCAAUCUACAUCUCAUCCUCUAUUUGUCUGGUAUCCUCAGCCAAGUUUACCUGUUUUGCCUCGGACUAUGUUGUUCGAGUUAUAUUUGAAAAUCGGGGUUCGGAUGAUCUCUCACUCUGUACAGAAGAAAGACUUAUCCUUUACAAAUGGCCUGGAACUUAAGCAGAUCAAUCCUAGAGAUGCCAUGCUUGGGAAAGAGCUGCUCCGACUUAUUCUUGGAUUUUUAGCAUGUUCAUUAAAAAUGGAAGCUGAGAAAAGGCAUGAAUCUGUUCAGUCCCUCCGCAAUCUCACUGUCCUUGAGACUUCGGAACCGAUUGCUGUUGUAUAUAGUUUGUUAUUAUCUUUAGGUGAAACCCAAGAAGUUCAAGCUAGUCGAAUGGUACGCUGGGACAAAGAGAGCUCAAAGUUUUUCAUUCAGAAGUUGGAUGAGUCUGCUGGGCAAAAGGAUCGGCUUGAAUAUGCUACUUAUUUCUCAGAAGCAGUUGCUGAAGGACUACUGUGGGAGAAGGAAGAUCAGGUCAGUUCUCUCUCCGAACUAGUCAAGCUGGCCUUCAUUCUGAAAUUCGAUGAAGAUGCUGUCAGUUUCCUGAUGAAAUCCAAGAAUCUGCAAGUGUUUGUGGAGGAUGAAGAUUUCCUAUCUGCUGCAUUUCCUAAUGAAUAAGUGUUUAAGGUAUAAGGUAUAGUAUGAAACAUAGUAAGGUGUUCAGUUGUGUGUAUUAAAACGUAGCUUAUGAAACAUAUGCUGGUGUGUGAACUUUAAUAUUUUGAUGCAUCUGUAAGAACUGGUUUGGAUGAAUAUAUACAUGCAUUUAUAUGUA